AAACUUAACAACUAUGUGAUGUCAGUUAGCAUGUCGGUCAGUGUGCUGACCAUUACGGCCACCGGACUUGACCGCUACGUGGCCGUCAUGUACCCCGUCCACUCAAGGUCAUUUAGGUGAGCGUUCAUUUUGCAGUUUUAACAAGAGGCCCAAGAAGACAUGUCAGACACCGAGUACAAAGUAUGGGGGGUGGGGGGUGGGGUGGGGUGGGGGGUAAUGAGAAAAGGGUAGUGUGGACAAUAAAGGAAGCAAGAUCAAGAGAGCAAUCGAAUGAUAUCAAUGGUGGAAGUUAUUUGAAGAGAUGUGGAAACGUUCAGAAUAGGAGUACUAAUAAGGUAGAAAUAUAAAUCAAGAACUGAGGUGAGUGAAAGAGGCAUAUCAGAGAACCGAGAUGUACGAGGGAAAAGAUAAAGAAAGAGACAACGAAAGGGGAUGGUGAGGGAAGAGAAGAAAAAAAAGAAGAUUGAGAAAGAGAGAUAAAGAGAAGGACAAAGGGAAAGAAAAAUACAAGGUAAAACAGAGAGAAAUAGAGAAAGAUAGAGAAAGAAAAAUAUUGAAAGAAAGAGCGAGGGACAGAGAAAAAGAGAAAGAAAGAGAUGGAAAGUAGAGGGAAAUAAAGAGAAGAAGAUAGUGAGGGGAAUUUUGAUGAGACUGAGAGUGAUAUGGAGAAAAUAGAGCAAUAGAUCUAGAGAGAUAAAGAAAGAGAGAGAGAACGGGAGAGAAAAAAGAGUGUUAGAAGGAUCGAUAGAGCGGGACGAAACGGAGAGAUAGACAGAAAGAGAGAGAAAUAAAGAGAGAGAGAGAGAAAGAGAAAUGCGGAGAGACACAGGAAGAGAGAGAGAGAUAACUUAUGGUUUGUUUCACUGUUUCCAGGACAACCAACAAGGCCGUGGCUGUCAUCAUCUCCACCUGGGUGCUCUCCCUUCUCAUCAUGUCUCCAAGAAUCUUCAUCUACCAGGAAACUCAAAUCUUCCACACAGUGGCCAACACGAGGGUCUGCUACCGCGAUCACCGGCUCGCUAUGCUUCAGUUGGACACGGCCCUCAACUUUGUCGUCAUGUACCUCCUGCCCCUGCUCGUGCUCAGCUUCUGCCAUUUUCGGAUUGGCCUGAAGCUCUGGCAUAGCACGAGGCCGGGGGCCCGCAGCCUCCACACCGGGCAGAUUGGGAUUCUUAUCAUCAGAGACAGGCGCCGCAUUGCGAAAAUCGUCUUUGCCAUCACGAUAGUCUUCGCCCUGGGCUGGCUGCCGAUACACGUGUACCACCUGGCGCAGGACUUCAACAACGGACAGGUGCUCUUCGGACAGACGGUCGACCGGGGGACGAUCGCCUUGUUCUUCUCUUUCGGGGCGAAUUCCCUGAACCCGAUUCUCUACUGCAUGUUCAGCAGUAGUUUUAGGAAGCAUUUCAAGAAAGCCUUCCAGUCGUGUGCGGCCAAAUGCACGCCAUCCGCGCGAGCUUCGGGC